AUGAAAGUGACUGACUGCGGUAUCCACGGGUUUCAAGAGGUGAUUGGUAUUGACACGGAUGAUAUCCGCUUCUACUGGUCCCUCGUCUCGAAUGAUGGGAAUCUUCGACAGGUUGCGUACCGUGUGAUUUUAUGGAUCGCUGCUGGUCCCGUUGCCUCGGCCACCAAUUCUGUCUGCUGGGACUCGGGGCGUGUGCAAAGUGAUGCUCAGCGUAACGUCGUCUACACCCCUAUCGCCUCCUUCCAGUCCACCACUUUUCACUACUGGCAAGUUACGUUCGUAGGAUACGAUGCGACCGCACUUUGGCAGGCUGGGGAGAACGUCAUCGGCGCCCACGUUGGCAAUGGUUUCUAUGCAGGAGACCAGGGCAGCCGGCUCUUCUGGCCUACAUACGAAGAUAACACCUACGUCCGCUAUGGUAACGAGUUAUACUUCUUCGCCGAAAUUCAUCUGCAUUACCCUGACGGGUCCCACGACACGAUCAUCACCGAUCCCUCGUGGGAAGUGCGCAAAAGUGCCACCAGCCUGGCCAAUAUCUACGCCUCCGAGGACUUUGAUCGGCGUCAAUACCCAGGGGGGUGGGACUCUCCGUGA